AUGGAUAGCAUGAGUGAGGCAUUUGAUCAAAUGCAAAUGGUCAAGGAUGUUCUAGCCAACAGUGAUAAAGUUUCAGAGGUCCUACAAGAGUCUACUCAUCAGUUCAACCUGCUUACUUCACCCACCUUCCUACCAAAGGUCAAGGAUCAAGGGAAAUUCACUCUCCCUUGCACACUUGGGCAUCUUGAGAUUGACAAUGCCUUAGUGGAUUCUGGAGCAAGCAUCAAUCUGAUCUCUCUCUCCAUGGCAGAGAAGCUAGGCAUUGCUGGAGCCUUGCAGCGCCCUACUACUUCAAUCAUGUUUGGAGAUGCAACUUCUAAGUCUCCUCUUGGAGUGUUCAAGAACUAUCACUUGAAAAUUGGAGAAUGCAUCAUCCAAACUGAUCUCACUGUGAUGGAAAUGGAAGAAGAGAAGGAUUUACCUCUGUUAUUGGGAACCCCUUUCCUUAGUACAGUUGGCGCUUCAAUAGACUUUCACAAGCAAGAAGUGAUCCUUCACAAGGUGAAUAGUUUGGUGUCAUAUCGCUUGCAGCCUAGAGGGUUGACAAGGAACCAAGAGUUGGGAAGGAUAAGGAUGAGAGAGGACCAAGGAUUGAGAAGCCACGUCUUGAGAGGGCUAGAGUUGAGAAACCACGAUCUGAUAGGCCAAGAGCUGAGACUUGUUCAAGCCCCUUGUGUGCUUGAUGAAGAGAGCCUUCAAGCUUUGUUUGAUGAGCCACUAGGAAGGGCUCUAAAAGAAGGGGAGGAUGCAGCCUCUAAGGCAAGACCAGGUGAUAAAAGAAAGGAUCCACCAGCUCAGGCCCCUUCAGUCAAGCCAUCUCAGCUCACAAUGACUUUGUUCCCCACCAAGUUUGAAAAUGGGAAGAUUGAGUACAAGAUAAGGUACAAGGGGAGAUCAAGGCCAUUCUCUAGAGCCAAGGCCUUGGUGACUUCAGAACAGUCCAGGGACCCAACCAAGCUAAAGGAGCUUCUGUCUCAAGUCCUCACUAUCACCCUUGAUGGUGGGACUAGCUCAACCAAUGCCUAA